AUAUCAACACAUAUGUGGAUCUUGUACACACCUACCCCUCAUUUUCUGAAGACCUUGCUACAUUGAUUUAUUAGAUUACAUAUCAUAGGCUCCCAUAAUUUGCAGUCACUGUGAAAAAUUAAACAUACAACAGGCCCUUCUCCUUAAGGCGAAAAGAUGCCAUCCACCAAAACAAGGUCUAUUUAGUAAUGCCAAUUAAGUGACUUCUUUUUAACUGAAAGCACGCUUAAUGCAUAAGCAAGAGGACAUCGGGUAUUCCUAGGUUUGGAGCCUCAUACGGUCCCCCCUCUGCCCCGAUCGCGUCCAGUCGCCGACUCCGACUCCAUAGCUUCAGCAAGCCGCUGCGGCACUUCCGCUCCGUGAGGGAGAGACUAGAGACACGCGUCCAGGCGGCGGAGGCGCACAGACACAAAGAAAGGCUGUUGGUUCCCUUGCGUUUCGAGGGUGUUUGGAGGUCGGUAUGUCGGAUGAAGACUCGCGUGCCAGUACCAGUUCUUCAUCAUCCUCCUCAUCCUCGACUCAUCAAGACCGACACAGAGACACGCCUAGCAAGAAACGGGAGAGCAAAGGCAGUAUGAGCAAAAACUCCAAACUCCUCUCCACCAGCGCGAAAAGGAUUCAGAAGGAGCUGGCAGAUAUUACGCUGGACCCACCUCCCAACUGCAGUGCGGGGCCCAAGGGAGACAACAUCUACGAGUGGAGAUCCACCAUCCUGGGACCGCCGGGGUCCGUGUACGAGGGGGGGGUCUUCUUCCUCGACAUCGCCUUCACGCCCGACUACCCCUUCAAACCGCCCAAGGUGACAUUCCGCACGAGGAUCUACCACUGCAACAUCAACAGCCAGGGCGUGAUCUGCCUGGACAUCCUGAAGGACAACUGGAGCCCCGCCCUCACCAUCUCCAAGGUGCUGCUGUCCAUCUGCUCCCUGCUGACCGACUGCAACCCUGCUGACCCCUUGGUGGGGAGCAUCGCCACUCAAUACACAACAAACAGGGCGGAACACGACAGAACGGCCAAACAGUGGACCAAGAGAUACGCCACAUAGCCAGGACCCUGCGAGGCUCCCCAGGCAACCUCUCAGGGGCUGGUGGGAGUGGGGGG